AUUAUAGCAAAGUCAAUAAAAACAAUAUUUGUGAAAUUACAUAGUUUUGUUUUAAUAUAAAAAAUGUCAUUUUUAAGAGGUUCACUUAAUUAUGUCUGGUGUACAACAAGUGUGUUGGGUAAAGGUGCUACUGGUUCAGUGUUUCAGGGCGUAAAUAAAAAUACGGGUGAGUCGGUUGCAGUAAAAACGUUUAACCCAUACAGUCAUAUGCGCCCACCAGAUGUACAAAUGCGAGAAUUUGAAGCAUUGAAAAAAGUUAACCAUGAAAAUAUUGUCAAACUAUUGGCGAUAGAAGAAGAUCAGGAGGGACGUGGAAAAGUAAUUGUUAUGGAACUGUGCACAGGUGGCAGUUUAUUUAACAUACUAGAUGAUCCAGAAAACUCAUAUGGCUUACCAGAAAGAGAAUUUUUGUUAGUUUUAGAGCAUCUUUGUGCUGGUAUGAAACAUUUACGCGAUAAUAAACUGGUACAUCGUGAUCUCAAACCUGGCAACAUAAUGAAGUUUAUAUCAGAAGAUGGUCAAACUAUAUAUAAACUUACAGAUUUCGGAGCAGCUCGUGAAUUGGAAGAUAAUCAGCCAUUUGCUUCCCUUUAUGGUACUGAAGAGUAUUUACAUCCAGAUCUCUAUGAGCGAGCAGUUUUGCGAAAGUCAAUAAAUCGUUCCUUUACGGCUAAUGUUGAUCUCUGGUCAAUUGGUGUGACACUUUAUCAUGUUGCUACUGGUAAUUUGCCAUUUAGACCAUAUGGUGGCCGAAAAAAUCGGGAAACCAUGCAUCAGAUUACCACGAAAAAAGCAUCCGGUGUAAUUUCUGGUACACAAUUAUCGGAGAAUGGACCCAUAGAGUGGUCAAAUACUCUACCACCACACUGUCAUCUAUCUGAAGGAUUAAAAACGUUAGUGACACCACUUUUAGCAGGAUUAUUAGAAGAAAACCGGGAAAAGACGUGGUCAUUUGAUCGCUUUUUUCAAGAAGUCACAUUAAUCUUACGUAAACGAGUGAUACACGUUUUUUAUAUAAAUCGUACCAGUUCAGUUGAAGUGUUUCUUGAACCAGAAGAACAAAUAGACAAUUUCCGGGAGCGUAUAUUUUUACAGACCGAAGUACCGUUGGAAAAACAAAUUUUAUUAUUCAAUAAUGAACAUAUAGAGAAAAAGGUGUCCCCACGUACAAUCGCUAAAGCUUUCCCUGCAACAACAAUAGAAAAUCCAGUGUUUUUAUACAGCAAUGACGAUAAUAAUGUUCAACUACCGCAGCAGUUAGACCUACCCAAGUUUCCAAUAUUUCCCAAUAAUGUAUCAGUAGAAAAUGACGCCAGUUUAGCAAAGGCCGCGUGCAGUGUUGGACAUGAGUGCAAAAGACGUGUGGACACAUUCACGACUAUGGAUGUAUUAAUUAAAAAAGGCGUAGAACAGUUUAUUGAGACUCUAGUUACAACAAUUACACUAUUAUUAAAAAAAACCAAAUAUUUCGAUGCGCUCUUAGUAGUGAUAAUAGAAUAUGCUGACUUUUUGCAGAGUGUAGCUAAAAUGACAAAAAGCGAUCAGGACUUUAAAUCACUAACUACAACUCUAAACGACUUAAAGACAAAUUUCGAUGGAGCUGCCGAUGUAAUUAUACAAAUGCAUAGAAACUUUGUUGUGGAAGAUACAUUAAAUGACCAAUGGUCGUCUUCAAUGCAUGGUAAAAAAUGUCCAUGUCGUACACGUGCCAGUGCACAAGCAAAAUACUUGGUAGAGCGUUUACGUGACUCCUGGCAGCAUUUGUUACGUGAUCGUGCCACACGGACCUUAACAUAUAAUGAUGAACAAUUUCAUGCGUUGGAGAAAAUUAAAGUUGAUCGCAAUGGAAAACGCAUCAAAGCUUUAUUAUUGGACGAUGUUAAGCCUGCAGUAGCGCAAAUGGCUGAAUGCUUGGCCGAUUGGUAUAAACUGGCUCAAACCGUAUAUUUAAAAACUCAAAUAUUAGAAAAGGAUGUUCGGGAUAGUGAACGUAAAUUAAAUACAAUACGUGAUGAACUUUAUAAUACGAAAAUGGAUUUGAAAACAGAUGUAGAUGCCUUAGCAGAGAAUAUUACUAAUCAACUGGCGAAAAUGGAGCAGAAUAAUAUUUUUAAAGUUAUGCAGCAACGUGAAAUAGAACUUAUGAAAGUUAUGUCUACCAACAGUAAGCUAAUAGCUGGAUUACACCAACUUGGACUUGGUUCAAUCUAAUUCGUUUUAAGUUAAUAUAUAUCUUCAUAUGUAU